AUAAACCUAUUUACCUUCUCUAUACUCACCACAGUAUCCAUUCUAUUCCUGCCCAUCAUCAUAUCCAAUACUCAACUAUACAAAAAUAACCUAUACCCCCAUUAUGUAAAAACCACAAUCUCUUAUGCCUUCACCAUCAGCACAAUUCCGGCUAUAAUAUUUAUUUCCUCCGGACAAGAAACAAUUGUCUCAAACUGACACUGACUAUCAGUCCAAACCCUCAAAUUGUCACUAAGCUUUAAACUAGAUUAUUUCUCGAUCAUCUUCAUCCCUGUGGCACUUUUCGUUACAUGAUCAAUCAUAGAAUUCUCAAUAUGAUAUAUACACACAGAUCCUCAUAUCAAUCGAUUCUUCAAAUAUCUCCUCAUAUUUCUAAUCACUAUAAUAAUCCUAGUGACCGCCAAUAACCUGUUCCAACUAUUUAUCGGUUGAGAGGGAGUAGGAAUUAUAUCCUUCCUGCUCAUCGGAUGAUGAUAUGGUCGAGCAGACGCAAACACUGCCGCCCUACAAGCGAUUCUCUACAACCGCAUCGGAGACGUAGGAUUUAUCACGGCCAUAGCAUGAUUCCUUGCCAACAUAAAUGCAUGAGACUUUCAACAGAUCUUUAUUACCCAGCAUGAAAACCUAAAUGUCCCAUUGCUAAGUCUUCUCCUAGCAGCGACAGGCAAGUCUGCUCAAUUUGGCCUACACCCAUGACUACCAUCAGCCAUAGAGGGUCCAACCCCCGUUUCCGCCCUACUCCACUCAAGUACAAUGGUUGUAGCCGGAGUCUUUUUACUAAUCCGCUUCCACCCACUCAUAGAACAAAAUAAAACCAUACAAACUCUCACCCUAUGCCUAGGGGCCAUCACAACCUUAUUCACAGCUAUCUGCGCCCUCACACAAAAUGACAUCAAAAAAAUCGUUGCCUUCUCAACUUCAAGCCAAUUAGGUCUAAUAAUCGUUACUAUCGGAAUCAACCAACCCUACCUUGCAUUCCUUCACAUCUGUACGCACGCAUUUUUCAAAGCUAUAUUAUUUAUGUGCUCUGGAUCAAUUAUUCACAGCCUAAAUGAUGAACAAGACAUUCGAAAGAUAGGCGGAUUAUAUAAACCCAUACCUUUCACCACCUCCUCCCUCAUCAUCGGAAGUCUCGCAUUAACAGGAAUACCUUUCCUAACAGGCUUUUACUCUAAAGACCUGAUUAUCGAGACAGCCAAUACGUCGUAUACCAACGCCUGAGCCCUAUCGGUCACUCUCAUCGCUACAUCUCUCACGGCUGCCUAUAGUACUCGAAUCAUAUUCUUUGCACUCCUAGGACAGCCCCGAUUUAACUCCCUAAGUCCAAUCAAUGAAAAUAACCCCCACCUAAUCAACUCCAUUAAACGUCUCUUAAUUGGAAGCAUUUUUGCAGGGUACUUGAUUUCCCACAACAUUCCCCCAAUAACCACCCCACAAAUAACCAUACCCCACUAUCUAAAACUAACUGCUCUCGCCGUAACCAUCACAGGCUUCAUCUUAGCAUUAGAACUUAACCUUGCAACUAAAAACUUAAAAUUCAAAUACCCCUCGAACCUCUUUAAGUUUUCUAGCUUCCUAGGGUACUUUCCAAUUGUAAUACACCGCCUCCCAUCAACAAUAGGCCUAACUAUAAGCCAAAAGUCCGCAUCGAUACUAUUAGAUAUAAUCUGACUAGAAAAUGUAUUACCAAAAUCCAUCUCCCACUUCCAAAUAAAAAUAUCAACCAUCGUAUCUAAUCAGAAAGGGCUAGUUAAGCUCUACUUCUUAUCCUUCAUAAUCACCUUGACCCUUAGCCUGCUCUUACUUAAUUUCCACGAGUAA